GUGAGAGGUUGUCACGCAUUUGGCUGGCCUAAAUAACUCUUUCAUGCAGUAGCUUGUUACAACAAUAUUUAACCUUAAUUUUGUAAAAGUCAGCUGUCACUUCUCCUUACCUUCGUCCCGCCAUAUGCCUUGUUGACCAGAUCCAACGAUAUAGAUGUGUGUAGGUUCUUAAGAAGAUGAGAUGUCAUGUUAACGUAGAUAUAUACAGACACGUUUAGUUCUCAAAGCAAAUGCAGUCUACAUGCACUGUUCAUGAAUUACACCUGUAACAUGUUUUAGUAGUAGUAGUAGUAGUAGUAGUAGUAGUAGUAGUAGUAGUAGUAGUAGUAGUAGUAUAUAUAUAUAUAUGUUAUAUGUAUGCAUAUAUACAUGUAAUUAUAUUUGGAAAUGUGUACAGGUAACUGUACAUCCCCAUCCGAAUAAUUAUAUAUAUAUAUAUAUAUAUAUAUAUAUAUAUAUAUAUAUUGCAUAUAUACAGACAUACCAUACAAACAUACCAUACAAACAUACCAUACAGACACACAGACACUUCUAAACUGAUUUCUACCCCAUCUAAGUAAGCGCUUUCUUGGAGUCUAUUACCAUUUCCAUUGAGAACUGCAUAAUAUCGGUUUUGCUACAGUUGUUCAAAAUGUCUUUGGUAAACUUCUUCAACGAUUUCACUGACUCUAACCGUCGCCCCACAACAGUGUCGACUCUCACAGAUCUCGAUAUUGCAGCCCAUUCUGCAGCAGUCAAUUACACCAGGUGGGAACGUGUACCACGAAAACAUAGUACUCUUACUACAAUUUGUGUCCAGCCAAACCUAACAGGAACUAAUCAACCAGUUUUGUAUCCAAGAACAAAAACACAAGAAUUAGAGAGCGGAAAAAAGAAAGGCGAAAGUCAAAAAGAGAAACUGCUGGAGCUCAAGUUAAAGUUUGCUGACCAGUCUCUGAAGAAUAUGUUAGAACAAGAGAAACAUCAAUUAGCGAUUGGUGUACGAUUGAGAGAAGAAAUAAAAUCUUAUGAACGUAACUGUUGGGAAAAUGCCAGUUGUUCAUUGAGAAAGUUUCAACGGUUGGAGACAGGAAUUAUCAAAAUACAGAGGAAUUUUGCAAAAGAUAUAGAGCUUGAGAAAAAACUACUUGAAGAAGUAAAAAUGAAACGUGAAUUUCAAAUUAGAGGAAUCCAAAAUGAACUUUAUCAACUUGAUUGUUUAGUGGAACAGCACAACAACGAGUAUAAGAAGUUACUGAACUAUAUGCAUCAAGAAUACCCUAUCAAAGAAUUGAUAAUUAGUGGACUGGAGAGAGAUAUUGCUGAGUUGAAGAUGGCAAAUGAGAAAGAACAAAAAACAGUUGAACAGCUGCUUGCAUGUGAAAUUAUGAAAUAUAAGCAGCAAUGGAAUAAAGACGAAAAUGAUCUAACGAAAGCCAUAUGUGAGAAAUCCUUAGAAAUGAUGCCGACUGAUUUUGAAGAAAUACUAAAAGAAAACAGAAUACUGCAGAAGGAAAUCAACUUACUCAGCAAGGAACAACACCAGUGUACUAAGACUAUACAGGAUUUGACAAGCAAGAUGAAGUAUCUGCCUCAAAGUGACACAACCAGCUUGAGAAGGCAAAUGUUUCCAGAAGUUUUCUCUCCAAAAACCAAAUGCCGUCCAGAUUUUGAUAUCAAGUUGGACAUCUCAGUCUAAUAUAAGAUAUAUCACCGUAUCACAUGACAGCUAUCAUCUAUCGAUCAGCCAACAACAACUGGACAUUUCGGUCUAGUAUGAAAUAAUACAAUAUGAAAGGACUACCAUUAUCUAUCAGUCUACCAUUAGUCAUGUAAAUUCUAAAUAUCACAACAUACAAAAACAGCUAUCAACUCUCCAUCAGUCUAUAACAGACGGACAACAAUCAAUGAGGGAACCUCUACUUGAUCAUAUGACUUACUAGAAAUAGUAGAUAAAUCUCCCUAAAAUCACACUACACGGCCUUCAAAAAAAUCAGUGAUAUAUCAGAUUGUGUAGUCUCAGAUAACUCUAACCGGACAGAAUGGUCAUGAAUAGAUUUGAUUUUGAUCAUAGGUCGAUUUCCUCGGUCAGGAUUGACCUGGGCUAAACAAGAAUAUCAAGAACUCAACGUGUCAGAUCAACCAUUUAUCACAAUAUGACAGUACUGUUAUUGUUAAUCAGCCGGACACAUUGAAACGCAUGACUAUUUCAGGAUCAAUCAAUAACUAUGACCAUAUUCUAUCGAUCUACAGAUCAAUCUAUAUCUGUAGAGUACGUACAUGUAAUGGUAUAUAACGACUCAGCAAAUUUAGAAACUCAUUUCGUGAAUGAAGGAAAAAUUUCCGGCAAACGGUUGUAUUGUGUACGGAUUCCUUUUCAGUGGAAAAUUAUUUCGAAAGUUUUAAAGACAAUUUUAAAAUAUAAGUAAUUUUCAAGAUCUAAAACCCAAUAAAUGCUUACCAUUUUAAGAAACAAUGGAAAAAUGACUUUAAUUACGUUAAUAAACCUCAAAACAUCUGUCUGCCAGAAUCAAUUAUUUAAUGAAAAACAUUAGUAUACGUUAUUCAGUAUUUCAUUCGAAUGAUCUUACUUCUAAAUAAUAUCAUAUUAUUACAACGAAGCGAUAAAACUAAAUAGGUUUAAAGACAGAACCAGUUAUAUGAAAAAUUUUAUUUCUCAGACACAUAAAAUGGAAAACGUGAAAUUAUUUACUUCAAUUCACCAUUCAGUCUCCACGUAAGUACAUGUAUCGCUAAACAGUUCAUUUGCUUAUUAAAUAAAUACUCUCCGAAUGAUGAUAAUUUUAGAAAUUUUAACGAAAAUAUCGUUUAAUGUAGUUUCAGUUUUAAUGUAGUUUCGUCAAAAGAUUUAGCAUACGUCAAUAGCAAAAAUAUUAACCAUCUAGUGUAACAAUCUUGACUCAUAUAACUAUCUUUACCCCGAAGAUUGCCAAUUAAAUAAUUCAUAUCUUUCAAAUUCAAUAACUUAUUGUGAAAAAGUAUUUACAGAUAAUAAUUCAGUUUUUGAAGAUUGAAUAGAAAUGAAUUUAAAAGAUGAUUUAAUCAGAAUCAAAAUUCUUUUAAAAAUCUGUUAAUAUCUGGGGACUCACGUGUUAUCAAAAUAUCGUCGAAAAGUGACAAUGUUUAAAAUUAUGAAAUUAUUCGGAUUGGAUUACAACAUUCAAAGCCUUACAAAUAGGGUAACGAUUGUUGUAACUUUUGCUUCUCAACAAAAGUGAAUAUAUUAUUUUGUAAAGGUUCCAUCUUAAGAAAUAAAAAGUAGUCGCAAAACGUAUUAAACACGCGCAAAAAAAUUUCGAAAACUUU